CGGCACUUAUUGGCACCGUGGCACCUGGUACCGCCUUCUGGUAGUCUCCCGACGUUCGAGUCCCUCUUGGCACUAGCGCCAUGAGCUCUCCAGUCGGUAUUUAGCGCCCACCAGUGACAGUGGUUCGAGUAGGACUCCAAAUACGAAAAUUGGUAGCGGUUAUAGGUAGCCUGCAUUAGCAAUACUGCUAGUUUCUUUGUACUAGGAGGAGCGUCAACUAGCUAUCGUAAGGACUAGCCUCGUCCUCCAGUACUUGGCCCUCGUCCUCGAGUACUUGGCCCUCGUCCUCCAGUACUUGGCCCUUGUCCUCCAGCCCUCGUCCUCCAGACCUCGUCCUCCAGACCUCGUCCUCCAGCCCUCGUCCUCCAGCCCUCGUCCUCCAGACCUCGUCCUCCAGCCCUCGUCCUCCAGACCUCGUCCUCCAGCCCUCGUCCUCCAGCCCUCGUCCUCCAGACCUCGUCCUCCAGCCCUCGUCCUCCAGCCCUCGUCCUCCAGCCCUCGUCCUCCAGCCCUCGUCCUCCAGACCUCGUCCUCCAGACCUCGUCCUCCAGACCUCGUCCUCCAGACCUCGGAGAAGGAACAACAUCAAGAUGGUUAAGGAGACAGAGUACUACCAGCGUCUUGGAGUGUCACCCGAGGCCUCUCCUCAGCUGCUGAAGGAGGCCUACAGGAAGCUGGCCCUCAAGUACCACCCGGAUAAGAACCCUCAAGGGAACGAGAAGUUCAAGCAGAUCUCUCAGGCCUACGAAGUCCUCUCCAACCCCAAGAAGAGGAAGAUAUACGACGAGGGAGGAGAAGAGGCGUUACAGAGUGGCGCUUCUGGCGGCGGCUUCGGGAACCCGAUGGAUAUCUUCAAUAUGUUCUUCGGGGGCGGCGGCGAUGGCGGCAGCGACGUGGAGGACGAGGAGGACGAUGAUGGCGGCUUCAGCUUCUUCGGGAAGGGCGGCAUGGGCGGCGGAGGGGCGGGGAGGAAGCCCCCGCCCAUGGAGCACCGCCUGGUGGUGUCUUUAGAGCAACUUAUGGUGGGCGGUAGGAGGACUCUGAAGCUAGAGCGUCGGCGGCCAUGUUGCUCCUGUAGCGGCAGAGGCGGCAGGCAGGACGCUGCCACCCAGACCUGUGGCGCCUGUCACGGCAAGGGUGUCAAGUUGACGUACCAGCAGCUGGGGCCCGGCUUGGUGGAGAUGCACGGCACCUGUGGUACCUGUGGAGGCUCAGGCAGGACUAUAGCUGAGGCGGACAGGUGUCACGCCUGCCACGGGGCUCGAACCCUGCCCGACACCAAGAUUACUCAGGUACACGUGGAGAGGGGCAUGGGGCAUGGGGCACGCAUUAACCUCAAGGGCGAGGGGGACCAGGACCCGGGACAGGAAGCCGGCGACGUGGUCAUUAUCCUGCAGGAGAAGCCCCACGCCACUUUCACCAGGAAGGGCAUUGACCUUCACAUGGAUAUGAAGAUAACGCUAGUGGAGUCCUUAUGUGGGAUCCGUCGCACUGUUGCUACCCUGGAUGGUCGGACACUCACCCUCACCACGCCUGAGGGCAAGGUGCUGGAACCAGGGGGGGAGAUGGUGGUGGAGGCAGAGGGACUCCCCCUCUUUAGAAACCCCUACAUCAGGGGGGACCUGGUGGUUAAGUUCACGAUCGACUUCCCAGCGAAGGUGGACGAGGACUUCGUGCGGGAGUUCGAGUCCAUGUUCCCGCGUUCGGCCAAGUUCCCCUUGGAAGUGACCGGGGACGAGGAGCAGGUGGACAUGCUGCCCCUCGACGACCAUCCUGGAGGUCCACCUGACGCCCACGACGACGACCGUAUGGAGACAGACGACCAGCCUCCAACGGGGUGUAGACAGUCGUAGUGUAGACAGUGUUUACAUGGGGGUAUCAGGCUCCAACGUGGCUCUGUUUACAUGUGAAUAUCUGGUUCCAGCGUGGCUUUCUUUACGUGGGAAUAUUUGGCUCCAGCGUGGCUCUGUUUACAUGUGAAUAUCUGGUUCCAGGGUGGCUUUGUUUACGUGUGAAUAUCUGGUUCCAGCGUGGCUUUGUUUACGUGUGAAUAUCUGAUUCCAGCGUGGCUCUCUUUACAUGUGAAUAUCUGGUUCCAGCGUGGCUUUGUUUUCAUGUGAAUAUCUGGUUCCAGGGUGACUUUCUUUACGUGGGAAUAUUUGGCUCCAGCGUGGCUCUGUUUACAUGUGAAUAUCUGGUUCCAGGGUGGCUUUGUUUACGUGUGAAUAUCUGAUUCCAGCGUGGCUCUCUUUACAUGUGAAUAUCUGGUUCCAGUGUGGCUUUCUUUACAUGUGAAUAUCUGGUUCCAGGGUGGCUUUGUUUACGUGUGAAUAUCUGGUUCCAGCGUGGCUCUAUUUACAUGUGAAUAUCUGAUUCCAGCGUGGCUUUCUUUACGUGUGAAUAUCUGGUUCCAGCGUGGCUUUGUUUUCAUGUGAAUAUCUGGUUCCAGCGUGGCUUUGUUUACGUGGGAAUAUUUGGCUCCAACGUGGGUCUUUUUACAUGUGAAUAUCUGGCUCUAAUGCGGCUGAUAAGAUCAUUGUUCCCUUAUUGUUUAAUAAAAUGUUAUUCUCCU